UGUGCGUGCAUAGCGGGUGUGGAUAUGUAUAUGUUUUGGGUGGUUCUAUGUUGUGGAUGAAUGUUUUGUCGCUAUGUCCCCGGCGCAGUCUAUCGUGGACUUGGUGCUGUGCGGGUAUUUGAGCUUCAUGGGACUGGUUUGUAGUGAAUCUAGUUUUUUCCGCACAAUUGACAAGUGAGAUAGGCGGUUUGCUUUCUAAGGACGCUACUACCGAAGGAUGGCCGAUAAUCCACAGGAGGGAUCCAGUGGCGGUCGGAUACGAGCCCGUGGCUACGUAGGAGCAUCUUCAUCGCGCGGUGGAUACAAUGGAGGUUCAUCGCGGGGUGCGUGGCCAGGAUCGGAUAAUGGACAAGGUGGCCAGAGAAGUCAGGUGGGCAAUUUCGAGCAUCGGCAGAAGCAGUUCCAGCAUCUGGAACCAGGUCGUUCUCCGAAACCCUAUGAACGACCGGAAGUUUCAUCACCAAACGUCCGACCAAAAGAAGAAAUGUCGGCUUUGGAGUCUGAGGUCAAGACGGAAGAAAAAUAUCAGCAUGGACGAGAUGGCGGCAGAGGCGGUGCCAGAGGCGGUGGUAGAGGAGCCCGCGGUGGAUUGCGUGGAAAUCGCUAUUUGCCGGAAAUUGUACACACUCGAUCUAAUACAGCGGUAAGCAAGCAAGGAAACAGUGGAAAACAGGUUAUGCUACAGACUAAUUAUUUCCGGGUUGUCCGGAAAGACGACGAGCGUCUGUUCCAUUACCGUGUUGAUUUUAAACCCACCGUUGAAACGAGUAAGCAAAUGAGUUCCCUCAUCUACAAUAUAAAAGAAAAACUUGGAGGUUACUUGUUUGAUGGGACACAAAUAUUUACGAGAACCAAGUUGGAUGCCGAUCCAACGGAGUUCACAACUAAAGACAGGACAAACGAGGAAUCCUAUAUCAUUACUUUACGAAGAGUUGGAGUAAUCAGCGGAACAAACGAAACGGCUUUCAUGAUAUACAACCUUAUCAAUCGCAAAGCCAUGGGUGGCCUGAAGUUGCAGAUUAUUGGACGAAAUUUCUUUGAUCCUGAAGCCAAAAUCGCCAUCAGGCAGUACGGAAUUGAUCUGUACCCAGGGUACGUCACCAGUAUUCGCCAACAUGAGCAGGACGUACUGAUGUGUGCCGAACUGACGCAUAGAGUUAUGCGAACUGAUACAUGCUACUCACUGUUUGAACACUGUAUGAAUCAACGAGGAAAUUACAAAGACAACUACAAACGUAUGGUUCUGGGAUCGAUCGUGAUGACUACCUAUGGAAAAAACAAUACUUACACUGUAUCCGAUGUGGAGUUUGAUGUAAACCCGGAGAGCUCUUUCCAGACUAAGAAUGGGCCCAUCACAUUCAUGCAGUACUUCAAGGAACGGUACAACGUUUUAAUCCGUGAUCCACGGCAGCCUAUGCUGGUAUCUCGUUCGAAAGCCAGAGACAUACGAGCUGGAAUGCCAGAAUUGAUCUACUUGGUACCGGAGUUGUCCAGGAUCACCGGUAUAACCGACGAAAUGCGGAGAGAUUUCCACCUAAUGCGUGCAAUCGCCGACCAUACCCGGUUAACGCCUGACAAACGUAUUCAGCGAUUGGAGGUCUUCAACCGACGUCUGCAGCAGUCAAAGGAAAGUUCCGAAGUAUUCAAAUUUUGGAAAACUGAGCUUGAUCGUCGCUUGGUCGAGGUCCCUGCUCGCGUGUUGGCACCGGAAACGGUAUUUUUCCACCCAGAGCAGGAUAACUAUAAAGUGUUGGCGGGUGAAAUGGCCGAAUGGCAGAUGGCUUUCCGCAACAAUCCAAUGUACCUAACGGUAGCACUGACCAACUGGUGCGUUGUCAUACCCGGUGGAUCGGAACGGCUGAUUGGUGAUUUCAUGUCCUGCCUAAAGCAGGCUGCCUCGCAGAUGUACUUCCAGAUCGAGGAACCAAGGCGCGUAUUGAUUCCCAACGACUCACCUGUUGUUUACGUGGAGCAGCUCAGUCAGAUAGUUCAAAGAGAUCCCCAACUGAUCAUGUGUUUAGUAACGAAUGACAAGGCCGAUCGCUAUUCGGCCAUCAAGAAGAAAUGUUGCGUGGAUCGAGCUGUCCCAACACAGGUGUUAAAAACGCGAACCAUUACGCCCAAGGGAGGCAACGUACGUACGUUGAUGUCCGUGGCUACCAAGGUUGCUAUCCAAAUGAAUUGUAAAUUGGGUGGGAUUCCGUGGGUCAUCAAAAGUCCAUUGGCAUCGGUGAUGGUAAUCGGAUAUGACGUCUGUAAGGAUUCCAAAGAUAGAUCGAAAGGAUACGGAGCUUUGGUUGCCUCUAUGUACGGAGCAGGCAUUAAGCAUCCAAAGUAUUAUUCCACCGUAAACCAGCAUGCUUAUGGUGAAGAGCUGUCGAACUUCUUAGCAAUUAAUGUUAUUAAAGCAAUUCGUGCGUACCAGUCCAGCUUUGGGAACAUCAUGCCACAGCGUAUUGUUGUUUAUCGCGAUGGGGUAGGGGAUGGUGACUUGGGCUUUGUGCACGAGCAUGAAGUUGGUGCCGUCAAGGAGAAAUUGGAGCUCGCUUACAAGGGUCAGGAGAUUACUCCAAAGCUAACCUUCUUCGUAGUAAACAAACGAAUCAAUACGCGUCUGUUCCACGACAAAAGAAAUCCAACCCCGGGAACCAUUGUCGACGAUAUCAUUACGUUACCGGAAAGAAACGACUUCUUCCUGGUAUCGCAAAGUGUACGUCAGGGUACGGUAUCACCUACUUCCUACAACAUAUUGUGCGAUGAAUCCGGACUUAGCGCAGAUCGGUUGCAGCUGUACACUUUCAAGCAGACGCACAUGUACUACAAUUGGUCCGGAACGGUUGGAGUACCGGCCGUUUGUCAAUAUGCCCACAAGUUGGCUGCCCUCGCCGGGCAGUAUCUUCAUCAAGCUCCCAAUACAUGGUUGGAAAAGAAAUUAUACUUCUUGUAAAACUGAAUGAAUCUCGACGUUAACGGAAAUAAAACAAACACAUUUUCAGCGUAGCGAGUAUAUAGUUCUUUCAUUCAGCAGAAAAUAUAUUAUAGUACUAGUACUUUGCAGUAAAUUUUUGCUUUGUUCUAGAAGUAGUCCUUUAUAUUUCUUUACACUUCUAUUGCUCUACGUAUCCAGCAUAGUUUACUGAACUUUUUCAAUUUAAAAUGUUACUGAUUUGAAAUGUGUGUAAAUGGAAGCAAAUGUCAUUCGCUAUACAUCUUAAAAACUCUUUUCCCUCACGCAAUCUUUUUUUUUUCGGAAACUAAUAUGUUUUUGAUAGGUUUAGACUCUUAUGGUCGAUUGGAUUUUUAA